AUGGAAGAAGAAGGUACUAAGGAUGAGCCUCUCUACUUUGAUCUCAACACCGGAGCAAAUAUCCCGGCCGUCGGCCUGGGAACAUGGAAAGCUCCUCCGGGUGUGGUCGGCCAAGCCGUCAUCACCGCUGUCAAGGCUGGUUACAGGCAUAUUGACUGUGCGCCAGUGUACGAAAAUGAAAAAGAGAUAGGGGAGGCCUUGAAGGAGCUGUUUUCCACUGGGGUGGUGAAGCGCAACGAGAUUUGGAUCACAUCAAAGCUAUGGUGCAGCGACCAUGCACCGGGCGACGUCUCGAAGGCGUUGAGCAAGAGCCUGGAAGAUCUACAACUUGACUACAUCGAUCUCUACCUUAUACACUGGCCAUUCCGAACGAAUCCCGGGACAAAAGGGUGGGCUCCCGAGGUCAUGGCUCCCCUAUCUCUCCAAGAAACAUGGGCUGCAAUGGAGGGCUUGUACGCAUCCGGCCAAGCUCGCGCCAUUGGGGUGAGUAACUUCUCCACGAAGAAGCUCCAAGACCUGCUGCUGUACGCGAAGAUUCCGCCGGCCGUCAACCAGGUGGAGUGCCACCCAGUCUGGCAGCAACCCGGCCUUCAAAACCUCUGCAACUCCACCGGCGUUCAUCUCUCGGCGUACUCCCCUUUGGGAUCUCCAGGGUCGUGGGUGAAGGGCCAAAUCUUGAAGGAACCGGUGCUGGUUGAGAUCGCCGGAAAGUUAAACAAGACGCCGGCGCAGGUGGCUCUAAGGUGGGGGAUUCAAAGCCGUCACAGUGUCCUUCCGAAGAGUGUAAACGAGUCAAGAAUCAAGGAAAAUCUCAGCCUAUUUGAUUGGAGCAUCCCUUCAGAGCUCUUUUCCAAGUUCUCUGGCAUCCACCAGCAAAGGCUUCUUCGUGGGGAUUUUGCGAUCCAUGAGAGCUGUAGCCCCUACAAAAGCCUCGACGAGCUGUGGGAUGGUGAAAUUUGA